UACUGUGCAGAGUUCCAAAGUUUCAUCCAAAGUUUUCUCAGCGCUGCCUGAGCUGUGUGCACUGUGCCUGAGCCUCCCCCUUAUCCAGGACUGCUGGGGGCCCAUCCAACAGCUGGAGGACCUAUCCUUAUCCAGGAGCUCCAGGGACAGAUCUGCACCACCCAGGACUGCCAGGAGGAUCCAGGAAGCUUCCAGGACUAGUGCAAACCACCAGACUCCUGAGCCCAGGCUGGAAGAUGUAUGCCACUGGGCUGGCUCCCUUCUAUGCAGCGUCUCAUUUCAAUCUAUGGUCUGCCUAUUGCUCUGGGGGUGCAGGAGGGGGUGCUGGAUUCCCCCCACUAGACCCCGGGAAGAAGCCCUCAUUUUGCAUCGCUGACAUUCUGCAUGUUGGGGAUCCUGACAGCCCCCCUGGUUCCUCUGGCCUGACAGCUCACCUGGGGAUCAUCCACCCUGCACAGUACCAGCAAGCAGGGUCCCCCCUUAGACCUACCCCACUCACCCCAGACUCUGCUGCCGCCUUCCACCACAGGCUUUCUCCUCUGUCCCCCUACCAGCCCCAUAGAUCCCUAUGCAGCAGCAACCCCAGGAUACAGCAUGGCGGCUCCCAGCCGGCUCCUUCCAGCAAAGACCUCAAGUUCGGGAUUGAUCGGAUCCUGUCCGCAGAGUUUGAUCCUAAGGUGAAAGAAGGGAACACACUGCGAGAUCUGACCUCAUUAAUCAGCUCAGGCCGCCAGUCAGGGGUCCAUGCCCCCCACAUGCAGUCCACAGCCGGACAGUUCUUCGCCUCCCUAGAGCCCCUCACAGAGACCACCUCAAUCCUGGGCCAGCUUAAUACAAACCAAAGGAACUCAAUGCAGCAGCAGUUCCAGGACACCUUCCCAGGUCCCUAUGCAGUGCUCACCAAGGACACCAUGCCCCAGACCUACAAGAGGAAAAGGUCCUGGUCCAGAGCUGUCUUCUCUAAUCUGCAGAGGAAAGGGCUGGAGAAGAGGUUCGAGGUGCAGAAGUAUGUGACCAAGCCUGACCGGAAGCAGCUGGCGGCCAUGCUGGGCCUCACUGAUGCCCAGGUGAAGGUUUGGUUCCAGAACAGGCGCAUGAAAUGGAGGCAUUCGAAAGAGGCGCAGGCACAAAAGGAUAAAGAGAAGGAGGACAGUGAGAAGUGUGAAGCCCCCUGUGCUGCUGGAGAAGUGGACAUAGGCAGGAGCAAUACCCCUUACAGAUCUGAUGGGGACAGUGACUCCAGUGACUCUGACCUGCUGGACAUGAUGCCCAGUGACACUGAAAGGACUGAAGGUGGUGGCUCUGAGCCUCAGCAAACCAGUGUCAUCAGGUCCCCCUCCACCACUGACCUCUCCACACAGCAGGCUGCCCCUUGCCCAGAGACCCCCGACUCACACAGCCCCUCUCUGCAUUAAUCCAGAGGACUAAUGAAGGGACAUUGAGUGACAGCCUGGUCUUCAGACUGCUGGUCAUUCUCUCCUCUGCAGGGGACACACUGUGAAGAUGUCUGGGCUGGAUCAUCAGUGACCAUCACUGGGGACAGUCAGUGGUGGCAGUGACAAGGUCUGCACCUCCAGACAGGACAGCCAGGAGCCCUAGAAAUCAAUGACCCAUUUUGUUAGUGACCCCCCAACUGCUGCAUCAAGCACCAAUGACCCCAAAUACAAAGGAAUUUUCCGAAUUUACCGAAUUGGACAAUAUCCCCAAAUCUGAAUAAUAUUUAAUAUUUUUGUAUAGUUUGUAUUUUUUCUUUAGCAUUUACAAACUUCAUUUACAACCUCCAGGGCACCAGGACCCGAAAUAGUCACCAAUUCUCAGAGUACACCACAAAUUAGCGAAAGUACAAAUAUUUGAAGGGAUUUUUUUUACUAAAAAUAUAAGCGAAUUGUCCAACAAAUAAACAACAAUGGUUAACAGAGAAAAGUACAACGUAAUGAGACAAGCGAAUCAUGAAAUAAAUUCCGAAUUAGGGAAAAUUCGGCAAAUUUCGUUUAUAUUAUGGAGCCGUAUUUGUCGCAUAUAGACAAUGGAACCUGAAACCAAGGAAUAUAUAGAUCCGUAUAUCAGACUCCAUUCUCUUGUGUCUCAUAACCCCCCCUUUUUCCCAUAGAAAAUUCGCUCCUUGGCGAAACGCCGACAUUACCGAUUUCUCUCUCAUCACGGUGCUUACUGCAGAGACUGCCUCAAAUAAUGUCCGUGAAGUUCUUUUGCAAACUUCACAACUGUAGCUGUUCCUAGUAACCUUCGGCUUAUAGAACAAUGCUGGGACUUGUAGUUCUAGAUCCUACCCGAAACAGCAGAGCACUGUCACUGACUUUCUAAAGAGGGUCUGGGAGGUAGACGAUGAAUAUAGAGGAUCGCCUUCUCCUUCUCUAUGGGUACAGGAUGCCCCUGCUGAGUGCCCCCAGGGUAUUCUUCUGUAGAUGCCGCCUACAAAAUGUGAAGCUGCCCCUGUCCGUGUAAUGUCCGUGUCAUCUGCAUCAGCCUGCACCAUGCACUGA